AUGAGUUUUACACCACCUCCUCCACCGGUCUUUGCUGGAGAAAAUUACAACAUCUGGGCAGUGAAAAUGAGAACAUACCUGCAGGCACAUGACCUGUGGAAUGUUGUUCUCAAUGAUACUGUGCCACCACCACUAAGAGCUAACCCGACCAUAGCUCAGAUCAGGCAGCAUAGUGAAGACUGUGCCAAGAAAUACAAAGCUAUGUCAUGUCUUCAAAGUGGAGUUUUUGAUGUUAUUUUCACAAGAAUAAUGGCUUGUGACACUCCAAAACAGGCCUGGGAUAAACUCAAGAAGGAGUUUCAAGGGUCUGAUAAGACCAGGCAACAGCAGCUGAUCAACCUAAGAAGAGACUCUGAGAACCUGAAAAUGGAAGACUCAGAAACUAUCAAGCAAUAUGCUGACAGAAUCAUGGCUACUGUCAACAAUAUAAGGCUGCUUGGGGAGGAAUUCAGUGACCAAAGAGUGGUUGAGAAGGUCAUAACAACCUUUCCAGAGAAGUAUGAGGCAAAAAUUUCCUCUCUGGAAGAUUCAAGAGACUUGUCAACAAUCCCUUUGACUGAGCUUAUAAAUGCUCUUUAUGCUCAAGAGCAGAGGAGGGCAAAUAGGCAGGAAGAUAACUAUGAAGGAGCUUUUCAAGCUAGAAGCAGAGAAAGCUCAAGUUCAAACUCGAAUGCCAAAGGCAAGAAGCCUUGGACUGAGAAGAAGAAUAAAGAACCUACUAGAAAGAAGUUUCCACCUUGUGUCCAUUGCAAGAAGACUACUCAUCUUGAGAAAUACUGUUGGUACAGACCAGAUAUUCAAUGUAGAGCCUGCAAGCAAUUUGGUCACAUUGAAAAGUUUGUAAAAACAAAUCAAAAGUACAAACACAGUAUCAAAAUUAAGCUCAAGCUGCAGAAGAGGUUGAAACACAAGAAGAGCAUGUUUUUUCAGCAUCAUGCUUUGCAAGCUCGAGCGAGGUCAGCAAAAUAUGGCUAA